UAAAUCCACCUGUUCACGCAUCUUUCUGCGCGCUCCGCUAUCUGCUGCUGACAGGACUGUGGGGGGGAGAACAGCAUUUAUAAACGCCUAGCGAGGAGCUCCUCUCAUAACACCACCACAGCUCAGCGUUCACGCUACCGCGGGGCUCCUUCACCCGCCGCUGAAUGGAUUACCUUCUAAUUCACCACUGCCGGAUGGGUUUGCGCAUGACGUCCACACAUCGGUCCCCACUCAUCUCCGAGAAACCCGCUGCGUUUCUGUGAUUACAUGAUUACCACGUCAAGACUGCGGACACUGAUCGCCCAUCAUGCCAAGUGCACUGAUUUGAGACCAGCUCUGAGUUCGGAGGCGCGUCGCAUCGCCGUUGCUGGGUGGACGCACGGCUGAUCAUCUGGAGAGGUUUUCUGCAACAUAUUGUUGCGAGCGAAGUCAUGGUGCCGGUACCGCCUCUGAUGUCAAUGGCACCGUGAGAACUUUCUUCGUUGCCACUCUUUUGUACCGCUCCUCUUUUUGUUUUAGAUGUUUUUCAGCGGGAUUGUGCUUCCUUGGGAUAUUCCACCCUUUCCCCUUUCAAUUAUGUUCACUUUUGCUGCCUUCUGCUACAUGCUCUCUCUGGUCCUAUGUGUGUCCCUGAUCUUCUUCGCAAUAUGGCACAUAACAGCUUUUGAUGAGCUCCAGGCUGACUUCAAGGUGCCGAUCGAUCAGGGCAAUCCACUCCAUGCGAGGGAGAGGCUGCGGAACAUCGAGAGGAUCUGCAACUUGCUGAGGAAGUUGGUGCUGCCGGAGUAUUCCAUCCAUGGGCUGUUCUGCAUCAUGUUCCUGUGUGCCCAAGAGUGGCUGACCGUGGGCCUCAACAUCCCCCUGCUCUUCUACAACACAUGGAGGUACUUCCAUUCCCCAACGGACACUAAGGAGCUGCUCUACGACCCGGCAUCCGUGAUGAACGGCGACACGCUCAAGUUCUGUCUGAAGGAGGCCUGGUGCAAGCUGUCCUUCUUCGUCCUCUCCUUCUUCUACUAUCUCUACUGCUCAUAUUGGACGGAUUGGCAGCAGCAGGAACAGCAGCAACAGCGAGUAUGAUCUACUCCUUGGUUACCUCAUAACAACCGAUUUCACAGCAACUGGGGAGAGAUUUUGCACCUCUGGAUACAUUUGAUAUCGCAGACUGCUUAUCUAGAAUUGAGAGAUGAGACAUUUAAAACAGAAGAAGAAAGUUCAAAUUGAAAACUUUUUUUUUGUUUUUUUGCUGUGAAGCCAAACAAUGAACUGAAGUGGAGUUGGAGCCUGUUCCCCGCUUCAUCCCAUGAAGAAGAAAGGACAUGUUUUAUCCUCGGCUGUACAUAAAAACUGAAGACUAAAACUACUGUUUACAGUUUGACUGCUCAUAGCGAGACCCAAGUUAAUCACUGCCUGGCCAACGUUUGUACCACACACACGCAUAAUACACACAACCACAGCCUCCUCUGGAGUGCUACCGUACCUGCUGUACAGUAGCGGUGGUAGCCCAGAGGGUGAAGAGCACAGUAGCGUUUGCACAGUUCGUCUCAGGCACAGUACGGUGAAACACUGUCCAGCCCAGCACCCUCACCCACGCCCAGUCACGACUCCUCCUCCUCCUCCUCCUCCUCCUCCUCCCCCUCCUCGACGUCUCACCAACCGUAGCUUCACAGGUGAGUCCAGAACAAGGGAUAGACGGAUGAGCGGAUGGAAGGAUGACACUGUACAGAAAUGAGGAAGGAGCUCAGGGCGGUAGUUCUUGAUGUUCUCCCCCUGGAAAACACACUUGGUCUGAGGCCUGUGGGAUUUUCUUUCUAACAUUAUGUGAAUGGCUUUUGUGACGUGUGCAUUUUGGUGUAUUCUUUAAACAAAAGUCAUUUCUAAUUGAUCUACGGCAAAGGUAUAUUCUAUACUUCAAAUGCCUUCUUAGUGUUGUCCUAGUGUCGUUCUGUCGUGGGAAACAUUUCUAAAACUCCAACUAGAAACUGAAACCUGUCGAAGCUUUUAUAGUAGAGGAGCACACAUACUUUGCACAACUAGUGUCUUUGAUCUUGCACAAUAUUCGCAAUAUUUGGCUAUAGAGAUAAUUGAUGAUAGCGUAGCCACAGGGGUGAAGGUCUUCCAACAUGUAAAGAACUACGUAGUCCAGUUUGAAGACAGGGAAACAAUGUGAAUCUUUUUUUUUUUUUAGCUCUCUUUACACCAUGGACCAAAAUGUUGUCUUUUCACUAUUUAAAUGGAUUUAUUUAUGUCUAUACGUGAGCCAGUGAUGACUCACCUCCACGUGUUAUCGGGGACGUGAAUAAAGCAGAAGAUUGGAAAGGUGCCUAGUAUUAAUAUUUUUUGUUUAUCCCUGAUUUGAGUAAAAGCAACUGUAGCAAAAGAUAUAAGUUAUAUUUGAGAGUAGAGAACCAUGUCGUGGUGAUUCCCACAAAGAUACAGACUGCCAUCGUUGCGGCUGGAAUGAAUUCAGACACUUCAGCAGUGCAAGCGCUUGAACCUGCACCUUCUAUGUGUAGCACUAUUUUCUAAACACCGGCCACUCUUUAAAGCUUCACCACCAUCUUCUCUCGGUGAGCCUCACUCACAUAAGCCGCAGCCUAAGGGCCGGAUAGGAAUUCCCCUGUUCUUGUGGUAUUCUCUUAUUAUAACUUGAGCAUUUUCUAUCCUUACUGUGUAUGUAUGUGACCAACCAAGCGGAAUUUAGAUAUUGUUUAUGAAAUAAAGUAUUUUAAAAUCUAAA